AUGGCCCAGCGCAUCUACAUCGGCCAGCUGGCCCCUGACAUCAGCGAGCGCGAGCUUGAGGAUUCGUUUGCCCGCUAUGGCCGCCUCCGCAACGUCUGGGUCGCCAGGAAGCCCCCGGGCUUUGCUUUCGUCGAGUUUGAGGAUAGCCGUGACGCCGAAGACGCCGUGAAGAACCUCGACGGUGUGUGA